GCUUGGAAUAAUUCCGCUUCCGUUUGGAAAGCCGCAGCCUCAGUCCCGCCGCGUCCGCCGCGUCAGCCCAGCGCCAGCUCCGCGUCCAGACCGGCCCGCAGCUGCCCGCUCCGCCGCCAUGGCCACCUCCCCGCAAAAGUCGCCCUCUGUCCCCAAGUCCCCCACUCCGAAGUCGCCCCCGUCCAGGAAAAAAGAUGACUCCUUCUUAGGGAAACUCGGAGGGACUCUGGCCCGAAGGAAGAAAGCCAAGGAGGUGUCAGAGCUUCAGGAGGAGGGCAUGAACGCCAUCAACCUGCCUCUCAGCCCGAUCCCUUUUGAGCUGGACCCUGAGGACACGAUGCUGGAGGAGAAUGAAGUGCGAACGAUGGUGGAUCCAAACUCACGCAGCGACCCCAAACUUCAAGAACUGAUGAAGGUAUUAAUUGACUGGAUUAAUGAUGUGUUGGUUGGAGAAAGAAUCAUUGUGAAAGACCUGGCUGAAGAUUUAUAUGAUGGACAAGUUCUGCAGAAGCUUUUUGAGAAACUUGAGAGUGAGAAGCUGAACGUUGCUGAGGUCACCCAGUCAGAGAUUGCUCAGAAGCAAAAGCUGCAGACUGUCCUGGAGAAGAUCAACGAAACCCUGAAACUUCCUCCCAGAAGCAUCAAGUGGAACGUGGACUCUGUUCAUGCCAAGAGCCUGGUAGCCAUCUUGCAUCUGCUGGUUGCUCUUUCCCAGUAUUUCAGGGCACCAAUCCGACUCCCAGACCAUGUUUCCAUCCAAGUGGUUGUGGUCCAGAAACGAGAAGGAAUCCUCCAGUCUCGGCAAAUCCAAGAGGAAAUAACUGGUAACACAGAGGCUCUUUCCGGAAGGCAUGAACGUGAUGCUUUCGACACCUUGUUCGACCAUGCACCAGACAAGCUCAAUGUGGUAAAAAAGACUCUCAUCACCUUCGUGAACAAGCACCUGAAUAAACUGAACCUGGAGGUCACGGAACUGGAAACCCAGUUUGCAGAUGGGGUAUACCUGGUGCUGCUCAUGGGGCUCCUGGAGGGCUACUUCGUGCCCCUGCACAGCUUCUUCCUGACCCCGGACAGCUUUGAACAGAAGGUCUUGAAUGUCUCUUUUGCCUUUGAGCUCAUGCAAGAUGGAGGGUUGGAAAAGCCAAAACCAAGGCCAGAAGACAUCGUCAACUGUGACCUGAAAUCCACACUGCGAGUGUUGUACAACCUCUUUACCAAGUACCGGAACGUGGAAUGAGGGGCAGACUGGACUGUCCUCCAAACCUCCUUAACCUGCUUAUUUCUGUCUCCUGCUCUGUGCUCUCCUACGAGUUCAACUACAACCCAGAGACAGUGGGAACCGAAUUAAGAAGGAAAUGAUAAGUAACUCAGUGGGCUGGCCCACACCUCCUGGACCGACGGAAUGUCAUGACCCAGCAGUGGCCUAGCAAAGUCGUUCUCAUCCUGGUCCUAGGUCCAGAUUUCCCUCACUGUGGUUUGGGAACCAGCUUAGGCCCAAGAGACCCCCACAGAAAAUGAAAAUAAAGAUAAUAGUUACCAUUUAAUGGGUGCAAACUAUCUUCCAGAUACCACACUAAGUGCUAUGAUGUACUCAAACUCAUUAGUCCUCACAACUCCCUCUGAAACAGGUAUUAUAAUCCCCUUUUUAUAGAUGAGGAAACUGAGGCCCAGAGAGGUUAAGUGACUUGCCAGAAGUUGGCAUUUUCCUCUUUGAACGACAUAUUUUGUUAAUAAGUAGCCAAUUACAUCACAUUCUUUGCAUGUCUUAUAGUUGUAUAUGUGCACAUGCACCCACAAAGAAGACAAACCCACUAACCCCACCACCAGCCAGGCCAAGGCUUAGUGAUUCACACUAAAAUUGGCAAAUCAAAUUUAACCCAAUUAAUAGCGUAUAUGUGACAGGAGUCAUGUCCCUCAGCUCCUUUGUACAAAUGAAAAUUACUCUUAAUUCCUUCAGAUUUGUAAUAACCCUAUACUCUGGUUUCAGGGUGACACUUGGGAAGGAUUCUGUUUAAAAUUAAUGGAGUGGCACAUUUUACAGCCUUUUUGCUUGAUUGCAUGUAAUGGAAGUGCCCUAUAUUUUCCUGCAAAAUAAGUACUCAAUUCAUUAUCAUUAGGCAAAUGUACAAUAUACUCCAGAACCAUAGAGAGCUGGGCGCAGGCCCACGUGAGCAUAGCUUAGGAAGUAGGGCUCUUCAGCAGGGACCCUUGAAUUUUAAAGAAAGGAACUCCUUUUUGCCUUGUAAUUGAUCAUUUAGACUGUUUCUGGCUAGGUCUGCCCACACGCAGUUACCGACUAAUUCAGGCGAGGUAAAACUUAAAUUGUUCAGACCCAAGCCAAGCAGCGGUUUCCUUGCGUGGGCUACUUGCGGGCUUGUGGUGACUUGAAUCCCCUCUCUGUGAACCCAACUUUGAAAUACAAGGCUCUAUUGUCCCAGGCUUCCAGGUCCUGUAGGAAUAGGAAAGGGACUAAAGUGGGGGCUCCUAGGGGGACAAGAAGCAUGGGGAAAAUAUUUACACACUUAACAUAUAAUGGAACACCCUCAGAGUGAUGGGGCUUAUGGGGUUUACAGUCUGUAAAUUAACCAAGGCCUUGGGAUAAUUAAUAACGUUUACUGAUAGAUCCUUAUAGAAUCGUCUCAAAUAUGCCAGAUAGACACAGCCUGGCAUAUUUUGUUAGUUUGUCACUGAUUUAGGCCCAUUGCACAAAGCCCCUCUCUAGUCUGACGAAUUCAUAUCGAUCCCUGUUAGGCCUCCCAUAUUGUCCAAAACAUUUCUUUCUAUCUCCUAAACAUUUCUUACUCUAUGGUCUAUCUUGGAACCCAGGAGAUUUAGAUACUAAGUAUUUCUUUGGAUAUUUUCUCUAAGAAAGAAUUGUUACCCAGUGUGAUGAGCAUUUACGAUAUAGAGCCAAUGUAUUCUCUUAUGUCAAUUUAUGUAAAAGGAUAUGGUUAUUUUUUAUGUAAUUAAUGAAAUAUGUUUCUCAUUAGGAAACACUAGUGUAAUAUUAGUUUGGUCUCUUUUAUAUUCUUGAUGGCAAAUCAAGACAAGUCAUUGCUUUAUCUCCCUGAGCAAUACUAAAGCAGGAUGAAAUAAGAAUGCAUUCAUUUAAACAUGCUUUGCUGUACGAA